UCCGGAAGUACAGCACUUUUUUGGUUCACAGGGAAAGGAAAAAAAAACUGCUGUUGAAAAACAAAACAGCAAAAAUGCCUGCCCCUAAAAGACAAGAGUCUUUUCAGGAUCCUCACACUAAGAGAAGAAAGGUGGAUCAGAAUGAAGUCGCCAUGCCAUCCAACAAAACGACACCAGCCUCUGCAACGUCAAGCAACCCCCAUAGAGCAGCACCUUUGCAGAGAAGGAAUAAGAAAAAGUCCCCAGCAAAACUAAAAGAGGGAAAUAAACCCGCAGGGUCCAGCCGCAAUUCCUCCAAGACAAAAUCAACCCAAAAGGCCACCACCAGGACCAAGUCCAAUCCACCUGUAAAGAACGCCAAGCUGCUGAAAGCCACAAGUGCCUCCUCAAAGAAUCCCAACUCUAAAGGAAACCUAAAAAGACCAGCCAAGACCACAGAGUCCGAUGAGGAGCUUAUCAGAACUCGUAAACCCCAUUGCAUCAGAAAAUACUCUAAUGGGGAUAGAGGUAAGCGUAAAGGGUCACAGUCUAAUCUGAAUGAAGAAGUAUUGCUCUCGGACCCUGUGCAGAGGGAUCACAAUUAUGGUAUACCCUAUGUGUCUCGUGGUAGUCAUUCUGGAAGUGAGGAAAAUAAAAGGAAGGGAGUCAGAGAGUUCACCAUAGGCCCAGAGACCCAAAGAGAUGUGAAGAUGGAAACUCAAAUAUCUUUAGAGCCCUUACCUGAACAAUCUGGACAGAUGAAGCGGAGCAGUGAGACACAUGAGGUGCAGGAUAAUUCCAUGACCACCCCAACAGAUGAAGUUAGUGAGAGUGUCGAGACCAAGCCUGAUACAAAAACAAUGUCUCCUCUAGCAUUCCCUGAGAAAGCUUCAGAUCCCAUCCAUAAGCAGGUGAACCAGAAUAAUUCCAUGACCACCCCAACAGAUGAAGUUAGUGAGAGUGUCGAGACCAAGCCUGAUACAAAAACAAUGUCUCCUCCAGCAUUCCCUGAGAAAGCUUCAGAUCCCAUCCAUAAGCAGGUGAACCAGAAUAAUUCCAUGACCACCCCAACAGAUGAAGUUAGUGAGAGUGUCGAGACCAAGCCUGAUACAAAAACAAUGUCUCCUCUAGCAUUCCCUGAGAAAGCUUCAGAUCCCAUCCAUAAGCAGGUGAACCAGAAUAAUUCCAUGACCACCCCAACAGAUGAAGUUAGUGAGAGUGUCGAGACCAAGCCUGAUACAAAAACAAUGUCUCCUCCAGCAUUCCCUGAGAAAGCUUCAGAUCCCAUCCAUAAGCAGGUGAACCAGAAUAAUUCCAUGACCACCCCAACAGAUGAAGUUAGUGAGAGUGUCGAGACCAAGCCUGAUCCAAAAACAAUGUCUCCUCCAGCAUUCCCUGAGAAAGCUUCAGACCCCGUCCAUAAGCAGGUGAACCAGAGUAGUGAGACACAUGAGGAGCAGAACGAUUCAGUGACCAUCCCUACAGAUCAAGUUAGUGAGAGUGUAGAGAGCAAGUUUGAUGCAUAUAAAAAGUCUGCAGACCCCGUACCUGAACUGCUAAAACAGAGCACUGAGACACAGGAUAUGCAGGGAAAUUCCAUGACCACCCAUACAGAUAAAGUUAAUGAACAUUUAGAGACUAAGGUCGAUGUAAAAAUAUUGUCUCCUCCAGCCAUAGGCUUAGUAGCAUAUAGUAGCAGUAGUGAUUCUGAAUGUGAAAGUGAGGAAAAUGACAGGAAGGGAGUCACAGAGUCAAUAGAUGUGAAGAUGAAAACUCAAGCAUCUUCAGAGAAGGCUUCAGACCCUGUCCCUGAACAGGUGAAGCAGAGCAGUGAGACGAUGCAGGAGGAUUCCAUGACCACCCCUACAUAUGAAGUUACUGAGGAUUCCAUGACCACCCCUACAUAUGAAGUUACUGAGGAUUCCAUGACCACCCCUACAUAUAAACUUACUGAGGAUUCCAUGACCACCCCUACAUAUGAAGUUACUGAGGAUUCCAUGACCACCCCUACAUAUGAAGUUACUGAGGAUUCCAUGACCACCCCUAGUGAGAGUGUAGACACCAAGCUUGAUGCAAAUAUAAAGCCUCCAUCUAUAGAAGUAUAUUCAGAGGAGGCUUCAGACCCUGUCCCUGAACAGGUGAAUCCUGAACAGGUGAAUCAGAUAUACAUCGACAUACAGAAGGUGCAGGAAGAUUCCUUGACCACCCCAACAGAUGAAGUAAGUGAACGUUUAGAUGGCACGCUUGAUGCAGAAAUAAUGUCCCUUCCACCUUUAGAAGCAUCCUCUGAGGAGACCCAUACAGUUGAAGUUAGUGAGAGUGUAGAGACCAAGUGUCCAGAACUUGCACCUGAACAAGUGAUGCAGAGCACUCUCACACAGGAGAUGCAGGGAGAUUCCGCGCCAACCCCUGCAGAUCAAGUAAGUGAGAGUGUAGACACCAAGCUUGAUAUCGAAGUAAAGUCUCCACCUGUAGAACUAUCCUCUGAGGAGACUUCAGACAAUGUCUCUGUCUCAGAACAGGUGAUGCAGAGCAGUGAGACAAAGGAGGUCCAGGAAGAUUCCACGACCACCCCUACAGAUGAACUUAGGGAAAGUGUAGAAACAAAGUCGGUUGCUAAAAUAAAGUCUCCAUCCCUAGAGGUGCUUUUCAGUGCUCUAAAGGACUCCAGUCUUUGCAAACAUCCCCUAUCUCAUACAAUGCGCUCAAAUGUCAAAGAGUUUCUGGAAGUAGAAGAUUCUUUAGAAAUCAUGAAAAAAGACCGUGACUUUGGUGUAACCGAGAGCAUUGAGUGUACUUUAGACCUCGAGACCCCGAUUAUUGUCGAGGAUAUGGAGAUCGGCCACUGUGUUGUGGAGGUGGUGGGAGAGAAUGGAGAUGAGGUGGAUAGUGAUCUGGAAAUCAUAGACAACUCUGAGAAGACAUUCCAGCAAACCAAAGGGUCUGAAGAGUGCAGUGUGGACAAAAGUGAAGAUGGUACUGAAAAGAAAUGCACAAGUUCCUCUAACCAAGACAGCACAAAUAGUGGGAAGAAAGAAGCUGCUAAAAAGACACAGGAUAGCCUGGAAAAACCCAAGAAACAGCAGAUGAACCCUCAGGCCAGGACCAAAGCCAGACUAGCAGCGCUAGCUGAGCAAAAGGCAGCCGCCUCCAAAAAAGAGAGCAGGCAGCUCAACCUCCUGGCCCUAUGUGAAGAAAUAGCAGACGAUAUCGCCACUGACACCAUGUUAAUAAAGACGAAGGAGGAGGAGGAGGAGCAGGUUGUAACAGUUGAGGCUGAACCCAGCAAGGAGCCGGAAUGCCCACCGCCUGUCACACAGGCUGAGACUGUUCCUAUACCUCCAGCUCCUGCCGGACCCAAGGAACCCUCUCCACCCUCCGCUGAGGAGCCUGCUCCAGCCAAGCCCCCAGCUCCAGAGGUACCUCAGAGGCGUUUCUUCAUCAGCCAAGUGACGAUACCCCUCAAAAUCCACGAGAAGAAGAAGCUUACCAGGUUCCAAAGGCUGCGGCAGGUGGAGCUGCAGCGGGAGAAGAAUAUGUCCUGGACCAUGGUGAAGAAGCUCAAGUCCGAUCAGAAGAUGAUUCCAGAGACUGAGACUAAACCUUCCUCCCCAUCACUGUCCACUCCAGAAGCAGCACCUGUCCCAGUGACCACACCCCCACCCCCCUCAGCCAGUCCAGCAGCACCCACAGUAGCUGCACUCUCUUCUGCCCCAGCCCCAACCAGCCCAGCAGUAACCACUAAGGUUGAGCCCCUCAAAGUUGAGCCCCCCAAAGUGACCCCCAGUAAGGGACCCACCCUAAGAAAGAGGACGCUUCCAGCAGUACCCCCGCCGAUGCCCAACGGGCUGAAAGCUCAGAAGGCCAAGCCUGUGGUGGAGUAUAAGCCUUACAAAGCAAGGCCCAAGUACUCUUUUGAUGACUUUGAACUGGAUGAUGAGCCGAAACCCACAGUACAGAAGGCAGUACUACCCACAGCCCAGAGGGCAGCAGUGAGACCUACACCUACCAGCAUUCAGAGGGCAGCAGUUAGAUCUACACCUACCAGCACUCAGAGGGCAGCAGUUAGAUCUACACCUACCAGCACUCAGAGGGCAGCAGUGACAUCUACCCUUACCACCAUUCAGAGGGUAGCAGUGACACCUACACUUACCACCAUUCAGAGGGCAGCAGUGAGACCUACACCAGCGGCCGAAAAUGGCAAACAUGAAGACUCAAAACCUACCGUGCAGAAGCCAGGAGUACCUACGGGUCAAAAAACAGUAAGACCUACCGCGCAGAAAACAGUAGGACCUACCACGCAGAAAACAGUAGGACCUACCGCGCAGAAAACAGUAGGACCUACCGCGCAGAAAACAGUAGGAACUACCGCGCAGAAAACAGUAGGACCUACCGUGCAGAAAACAGUAGGACCUACCACGCAGAAAACAGUAGGACCUACCACGCAGAAAACAGUAGGACCUACCGCGCAGAAAACAGUAGGACCUACCACGCAGAAAACAGUAGGACCUACCACGCAGAAAACAGUAGGACCUACCGCGCAGAAAACAGUAGGACCUACCGUGCAGAAAACUGUAGGACCUACCUCGCAGAAGACAGUACCAACUGUACUGAAGGCUGUAGAGACACCAACCCCUAUGUCCAAAAAUGGCAAACAUGAGGACUCCAAAUUUACCGUACAGAAGGCAGACAUGCCUAGACCCAGUGUACAGAAGGCAGCUGUGGUACCUACACCUUGCCCCAAAACAGAAGCACCACCUACGCCCAAAACUGGCAAAGAUGAGGAUUCCAUAGCACCAGUGUCCUCCCCUCCCUCAGAAGAGCCCCCAAGAGAUUCUGUUGACAAGGAGCAGUGUGAAGAAAAGCCUGCUGUUACUGCGAUUAAACCCACAUCCCCAGAGGUCAGGUCAGAGGACAACACAACAACAGAGAAAGCCUCUGACUCUGGGGUCGUGCAAUCAGCAGGUAAUAGCAGUCCCCUCUCUGACACACGUCUGCAGAAAGAAAUCAAGAAACUAAAGGAGGCCGACCAAGAUGGAAAUCAAGCCAUCAUUGAUGCAGGGCAGAAGCACUUUGGCGCAGUGACCUGCAGUGUGUGUGGGAUGCUGUACUCUGCUGCCAACCCGGAGGAUGAAUCCCAGCAUUUGCUCUUCCACAACCAGUUCAUCAGUGCUGUCAGAUAUGUGGGGUGGAAGAAGGAGAGGAUUUUGGGGGAGUACCCCGAUGGCAAGAUCAUCCUUGUCCUUCCAGAUGACCCCAAAUAUGCACUGAAGAAGGUUGAGGAGAUUAGAGAGAUGGUGGACAAUGACCUGGGCUUCCAGCAGGUUGAGACCAAGUGUCCCUCCCAGACCAAAACCUUCCUGUUUAUCUCCAAUGACAAGAAGGUAGCUGGGUGCCUUAUCGCUGAGCACAUUCAGGAGGGCUACAGGGUCAUCGAGGAGGCGGUGCCCGAGGGCUCGGAGGGAGAGAAGGUGAUGUUUGAGCGUCAGAGAGCCUGGUGCUGUUCCACCAACCCAGAGCCAGCCCUCUGUGGCAUCAGCCGCAUCUGGGUCUUCAGCAUGACGAGACGGAGGGGUAUCGCUUCGCGCAUGAUCGAGUGUCUCAGGAACAACUUCAUCUAUGGCUCCUACUUGAGCAAGGAGGAGAUCGCUUUCUCCGACCCCACGCCCGACGGGAAGCUCUUUGCUACACACUACUGUGGCACCUCGCAGUUCCUGGUUUAUAACUUUGUCAGUGGAACAUGUUCAGACCAACCAAGCCCAAAUUUGGUGUAACCAUUUGCAUCAAGGUGGAUUUUUGCUGAGGCCCAGUGUGACUCCUCACCAACCAACCAAUCUUGUCGUGGACAUCCUAUCACAAGCACAUUGUGGCUCUUUUAGACUCAUCAAAAACUACUGUACUGACUCUUCUGAGGGGAAAUGUUGGUUUUUAAUCUCAGGUUGAAAACAACAAGGUGUUGUUUAAACGAAGAUUUAAAUUCUCCCUUUUAAUCCCUGCAUAGUAUUUUGAGACAAAUAAUAUUUUUAUUUAUGUUUUUUAAUUAAGGAACACACUUUUAUUGGAAGUAUUAAAGAGUUUACAUGCAUUAAGCUUGACAGCAAUAGAAAACAAAGAGCAUUUCACAAUUCAUCGUUUUUGAAAAGAUGCACUAAGUUUUACUCAAACGGUUCUAAAACAAUGUUGUCCUGUUCUAAUAAUGCAUUUCAUUCAUAUAGAGCCUCUUAAAACAGUUAGAAGUUGCUGUAUUUAGAUGAUGAUUUGUCAUUCAUCAAGUGUAUACAAGGGGUUGUUCUUACACACAUCCUUGUUCAUCAUCUCUUUACUUUUAAUGCAGUGAUGCGUUGACCACCUGUGAGGUUCCAUUUUGUGAUACGGACUACAUUACUGUUAGAGGUCACUCUCACAGAAUUUCUCAGAAUGUGUUUGUUUGAUUCUGUUGAGUGAAGUUGUUACUCACCAUUUUCUUCACGACAUGAUCAUUCUCAGUCUUGCUGCCAUGUGUCUGUCCUAAUCAUGUCCAUUAUUAAAAUGGAGAGUCCUAUUUGGGAUAGUUAUCCUCCUUAGGCAGUAUGUAGCAUGGACUAGCAGGAAGAAUAACUGAGGUAAUAAUGUUGGUUGGAUUUCUAGAUGGGGCAUUUUUCUGUAGUGCUUCUAUUCAAGGCUCUUUACCCAAGUUGCCGCAGAAAUAUAUCUGACUGUAGAAAUGUUAAAUGUGAGCUGUGAUAAGUGCAUUGCAAGGCAGUUAGCAUUCGCUUGUUUCUGCCUGUAUGUUUGUGCCUACUGUGAAUCAUGAACCUCAACCUGACUGUUAGAUUUCACUGAUUGACUGAUCAUACUGUAGACUCCCUCAAACGUUCUAAACUGCCCUUAACUGAGCAUUUCCCCCUUCCCUUGAAUUCACCAUUUUAAUGAUUGACAAUUUCUUCUAUUGGCAGAAAGUUUUAUCAAUGAGGUCAUGAAUGGUCCUAAAUGUGAAUAAUACAUUAAGAGUUAAAAGUAAGUCCUGUAAUAUGAAUAAUAUCAAUAAUGCCAUUGAAAGGGUUUAGAACCUCAUGGUUAUUAGAUUUUUGAGGGAGUUGAAAACACCAUCCACCAUGUCAAAGGUGAUUAUCACAGCAAACCAAGGGACUGUUGCUCAGCCAUCAAAGUGUUGUGAUUCAUACAUUUUCUGGUAUCAAUGUAAUUUAUUCAUUAUCACAUUGCCCUUCAUGUUGAAACAUUUUCUUUUAGAAAUAUUGUGGGUCGUGUAAGAAAACACAUUUGAUUUAUAAAGAGCUGUCAUGUAAAUAGUUAUUUAAAAAAUAAAAAAACUAUCCUGCCCUGC